GUGAGGCCCAACAAGGCCAGAGGCCCGUCUGCAAGCGGGGAGGGAGCCAAGAUGAUUCCGACGGAGGACGCGUCGGCCAGGAAGAGGCACAUUGAGGAGAAGCUGCAGCAGGAGCAAGAAACCUUGUCGUUCAUAAGAGAAAGCUUGGAAAAAAGUGACCAACUGACAAAAAAUAUGGUUUCCAUCCUUUCAUCGUUUGAAAGCCGACUGAUGCAGUUGGAGAAUUCCAUCAUUCCAGUCCACAAGCAGACAGAAAAUCUGCAGCGCCUGCAGGACAAUGUGGAAAAAACACUGUCUUGUUUGGAUCAUGUCAUCAGCUAUUACCAUGUGGCUAAGGAUACAGAGAAGAUCAUCAAAGAAGGGCCUGCUGGAAGGCUGGAGGAGUAUCUGAACUGUAUGGCAAAAAUUCAGAAAGCGGUGGAAUACUUUCAGGACAACAAUCCAGACAGCCCUGAACUAAAUCGGGUGAAAUUUCUUUUUGAGAAAGGCAAGGAAUCUUUAGAGUCAGAGUUCAGAAAUCUCCUGACCCGCCAUUGCAAAGCAGUGUCACCUGUUGUCAUACUGGACCUGAUUGCUGGAGAUGAUGAGAUCGAGACCACAGAUGAUACGGCGCUGAAUCUUCUCCCUGAAAAUAUCCAGCGGGAUUUGAUCUGCAUUUCAAUGUGGCUUGUUGAAUAUGGAAGGAAUCUUGAUUUUAUGAACGUGUACUACCAAAUCCGCUCUAACCAGUUAGAUCGCACAAUCAAAGGUCUGAAGGAACAUUUCCGCAAGAACAGUUCAUCUUCUGGUGUAUUAUAUUCUCCUGCCAUUCAGAACAAAAGAAAAGAUACCCCCAGCAAAAAGGCCAUCAAGAGACCAGUCUUCAUCCCAGGCACAAUUCGUAAGGCUCAGAACCUUCUGAAACAAUAUUCUCAGCAUGGGCUGGAUGGCAAAAAGGGUGUUUCUAAUCUCGCUCCCACUGAAGGUCUUGAUCACGAGUUGCGAGGUAAACAUCUCUCAGAUACGCUGAAUGAGAAGCAUGGGCCUGCUGUGGGGAAGGAGGACAUGUUGGACAGUGAGAUUGACUCUUACAUUCACUGCGUCAGUGCCUUUGUAAAACUGGCCCAAAUAGAGUACCAGUUAUUGACAGGCAUCAUUCCUGAGCAUCACCAGAAGAAAACAUUUGACUCGUUAAUACAGGAAGCCCUGGAUGGCCUUAUGGUAGAGGGAGAGAAUAUUGUCUCCACAGCACGCCGUGCUAUUAUGCGACAUGACUAUUCUGCUGUCUUAACCAUAUUCCCUAUCCUUAAGCACCUCAAACAGAUGAAGCAGGAGUUUGAUCAGGUUUUGCAGGGUACAGCGGCCAGCACCAAGAAUAAGCUACCAGUUCUCAUUACCUCCAUGGAAACCACAGGAGCAAAAGCUUUGGAAGAGUUUGCAGAUAGUAUUAAGAAUGAUCCAGAUAAAGAGUAUAAUAUGCCCAAAGAUGGAACUGUCCACGAACUGACCAGUAAUGCGAUAUUAUUCCUUCAACAGCUGUUGGAUUUUCAGGAAACAGCAAGUGCCAUGUUAGCAUCACAGGAAACUGGUUCCUCUACCAGCACCUACAACUUUGAGUUCAGUAGGCGGCUUCUCAGCAACUACAUCUGCAAGAUACUAGGCAACCUGCAGCUGAACCUGCACAGCAAGGCUAAGGUUUAUGAAGACACUGCUUUGGGUGCAGUCUUCCUUCUCAAUAACUUUAAUUACAUCCUGAAAUCCUUGGAGAAGUCUGAAUUAAUCCAACUUGUAGCAGUAACACAGAAGAAUGCAGACAAGACUUACAAGGCGCACAUUGACGAGCAGCUCCAAAUUUACCAGCGCAGUUGGUUAAAGGUCACAUCACCCGUAAAUGAGAUUAACAUGCCUGUCUUGCAGUCAACAACAAAAUUGAAAGAUAAGGAAAGACAAGCAAUUAAAGACCGAUUUAAGGCAUUUAACGAUGGGCUGGAAGAACUGUGCAAAAUCCAAAAAUCCUGGGCCAUUCCAGACAAAGAGCAAAGGGAUAAAAUCAGACAUGCACAGAAGGAAAAUGUAACUGGGGUCUAUAAGAACUUUUGGCAGAGGUAUUCAAAUGUUCCCUUUACCAAGAAUACUGAAAAAUAUAUAAAAUACAGAGUGGAACAGGUUGAAGAUAUGAUUGAGAAGCUCUUUGAUACUUCAGCAUGAAGUCUGUACAUUGCUUUAUUCUGAAAGAUUCAUUUGCCAAUUAUAUAUUGACAGUAUGUGUUUAAAAAAAAACUGUAUCCAAGUUGUAUUAAAGAUAUGAAACACUAA